AUGGCCUUCACAGUCUCAACAGGGCUUACUGCCCGCGUCUUUACCAAGCGCGCAGCUCUCUCCGCAUCUCGUCACUAUCCAAGGCCAUUCAGUGUUGCCCGCCCUGUGCUCAAGGAGAUCCAGGAUGCCUACAUUCUGAGCGCUGCUCGAACCCCUACUGCAAAGUUUAAUGGCUCCUUCGUGUCAGUGUCUGCACCCCAGCUCGGUGCCGUCGCCAUCAAGUCCGCUGUGGAGAAAUCCGGGGUUCCCGUUGAGAAGAUCACCGAUGUGUAUAUGGGAAAUGUGCUCCAGGGCUCAGUCGGUCAGGCCCCCGCUCGCCAGGCUUCUAUCUUCGCGGGAUUGUCUCCCACAGUCGAGUCGGUGACAGUCAACAAGGUCUGUGCUUCUGGUCUCAAGGCUGUGGCGCUCGCUGCCCAGAACAUUCAGCUCGGCCUUGCUGAGGCCCAGAUUGCUGGAGGAAUGGAGAACAUGUCCCGGGUGCCAUACUACCUCCCCCGUUCUAGUCAGCUCCCGCCCUUCGGAGAGAUCAAGCUGGAGGAUGGACUCAUCAAGGAUGGGUUGUGGGAUGUCUACAAUCAGUUCCAUAUGGGAAUCUGUGCCGAAACCACGGCCAAGAAGUACGAAAUCUCCAGAGAAGCCCAGGAUGCGUAUGCGAUCUCAUCCUACCAGCGAGCACAGCAGGCAUGGAGCGAAAAUAAGUUCGCGGAAGAGAUUGCCCCGGUGACCGUGAAGAGCAAGAAGGGUGAGGCCGUGAUUGAGCGUGACGAGGGAUACGAGAACUUGCGAGUCGACAAGUUGAAGAGCCUGAAGCCGGCCUUUUUGAGAGACGGUACCGGUACUGUGACCGCUGGCAACGCCUCCACUAUGAACGACGGCGCAUCAGCCCUAGUUCUGGGUAGUAAGGACAUUGCGCGCGAGUUUGGGGCUGGCAAGCGUGCUCUUGCCCGCAUUGUGUCUUCCGCCGAUGCCGCCAUUGACCCUGUGGACUUCCCCGUGGCCCCAGCGAAGGCGGUCCCAAUUGCCCUGGAGCGGGCUGGGAUCACCAAGGAGCAGGUUGCGGUUUGGGAAUUCAAUGAGGCAUUCGCUGCUGUCAUUGAAGCCAACAAGAAGAUUCUCGGUCUACAUACCGCCCGGGUCAAUCCCCUCGGAGGAGCCAUUUCUCUAGGACACGCCCUCGGCAGCUCAGGCUCCCGUAUCCUGGUGACGCUGCUGCACCAGCUGCAGCCUGGCGAGUAUGGGCCUCGUCCGUCCCUCCCCGCUGCCCAGUUUCACGACUGGUACAACUCCGAACACGGUCCGCUGCGUCUACGCUUGCCCUUUGUCACCAAUGGCUUCCGGUAUCGCGCCGUGGAUGCCCUCGAGCCCGAAUGGGUGGCGCUGUACGAUAUCACCGACAUGGUCGAGCUGACCCGCGAGCCCUACCUGGCUCUGCGUGGGGAUGGCAUCAAGACCGCACGCGAGAAGGCGAUCAUGGCCCAGAUUGACGUCGGCCGGAAGCUCUACGACCUCCUCCAGGACGAGAAAGCCGCCGAUUACCAGCCCCUGGAGAACAUGCCCGACACCUCCGCGCCCGGCCACGUCCUGAUUUCCAACACCACUACGCUCCCCGCCGACCCCGCCAAAGAAGACGAGCUGAAGCGCUGGUACAAGGAGGAACACAUCGGGAGGCUCGCUCGCGUCUCCGGAUGGCGCCGCAGCCGGGUCUACGUCACGGCCGCCAUCGAUCCCACGGCGCCCCGCGAGUUCCUCGCCCUGCACGAGUUCAGUCCGCAGAACGGCCUCGGCAGCCCCGAGCACCAGGCCUCCACGGACACCCCCUGGCGCCAGCGCAUCAGCGAGAUGAUCACCCGCAAGACCCGCCGCGUGUACAACUGGGCCUACACCUUCGGGCCUGCGCCGCGCGAGCUCUCAACCAACAGCAUCAUCACCGCGCCCUGGUCCUCCAACGACGGCCGCACCCGCACCCUCCCUUCCGCCACUGGCCCCGCCGCCGUCGAGUCCUUCAUCACCACCCCCGACGGCGUCGACAUCCCCUACCGCCUCGAGGGCAGCGCCGACCCGCACAGCCCCGUGAUCGUCCUCAGCAACUCCAUCCUAGUAGACUACACGAUCUGGGACGACUUCGUGAGCGGCUUCCUCGGCCAACCCCAGAACCAGAAAUUCCGCAUCCUGCGCUACCUCACCCGAGGCCGCCUCAGCCACUGCGGCGAGGCCCCGAUCACAAUCGACCUCCUCGCCUCGGACAUCAUCGCGCUCCUCGACGCGCUCCGCAUCCCCAAGGCGAUCCUCAUCGGCGUGAGCCUCGGCGGCGUCACCGUCCUCAACACCUCCCUGCUCCACCCGGAACGCGUGAACCGCUUCAUCGCCUGCGACACGAACAGCGCCGCCCCGGAAUCCAACCGCAAGGCCUGGACCGACCGCGCGGCCCUCGCGGAAUCCGAGGGCGCCGUGGCCCCCGAAUCCCACGACCCGAUUAUCGGCGAGCGGCUCGCCGAGGCCACGACCCGGAGAUGGCUCGUGCCGGAGUCGUACGAGACCCAGCCCCAGGUUGCGGCGCGAGUCAAGGCGGCCGUGCGCGCCAAUAGCCUGGUCGGGUUCCAGAGGGCCUUGCGCGCGCUGUGUGCGUAUGAUGUGCGCGAGCGCAUGGCGCGCGCUACUGUCCCCGGGUUGUUUGUUGCCGGUGAGGGCGACGGUGUCCUCCCCAAGACUAUGCUGCAGAUGGCUGCGGAUUUGAAGGGCCAUGCGGAGUUGAGGAUUGUGCCGAAGGCUGGGCAUUUGCCUAUGGUUGAGCAGCCGGCUGCUUUUAUCGAGGUGAUUAAUGAUUUUAUCCAAUAG